GGUAUUUCUAAUCGAUCACACGAUGGCUUCAUCAUCUCCAUCUUCCACCGUGAUCCAGAUGCCUCCAACUCCACACACCAACGGCGUGACGACGGCCCCGGCCACGCCCAAGGACGUCAGCGAUUUCCCAACCACGGCACCAGCAGCAGUUGCCGGACCAGCAGCCACGGCGACGGACAAGGUCAUGUCGAGUGCCGCGAACCUCGCGCAGCUGCUACCGACAGGCACGGUGUUGGCAUACCAGGCGAUGUCCCCGUCCUUCACCAACCACGGGAAGUGCUUCUCCUCCAACCAGUGGCUCACCGCGGCGCUGGUCAUCGUCCUCACCAUCUCGUGCAUCCUCUUCUCCUUCACCGACAGCGUACUCGGCCGCGACCAGAAGCUCUACUACGGCAUCGCCACGCCGCGCGGUUUCAACGUGUUCAACUUCUCGGACGAAGAGGAGAAGCUGCAGUGGACUCCCGCUGGGUUCCGUAGGCUCCGCAUCCGGCCGCUGGACUUCAUUCGCGCCGUCUUCACGGCCCUAGUGUUCCUCACAGUGGCAUUCAGCGACGUGGGGCUGCAGAACUGCUUCUUCCCCGGCGCUGGUAGGAACACGGAGGAGCUUCUCAAGAACUUGCCACUGGGCAUCGCGUUUCUGUCCAGUUUUGUGUUCAUGAUCUUUCCCACAAAAAGGAAGGGCAUCGGCUACACCGACAGCACUCCUCGCGAAAAGCUCACUUGAUGUUUAGAUCGAUCUUGUUUUUAAACAGUUAGAUAGAUUAUAUUAUACCAUAUAUCACCGUAUAUAGUACUAUAACUUUGAUGUUUAGAUCACUUGUUUUUAACUUAAAAUGUAAUGUAUACACGACUAGUUUUUUUUUUUUGAAACGGAGGCAAAAGAUUUGCCUCUUCAAUUAAAUAAGGA